AUGAACUCGAAGAACAGGUCGAUCUUUUGGACAAUGGUACAAGGUACAGGAUGCGAGAAAGAGGAAGACAAUGGAGAAGCUGCCCUUGAAGAAGGAGCAGUCGAGAAGAGAGUGGUCAGAGAUGGGGCAGUCGAGAAGAGAGUAAUCGGCGAUGGAACAGUCGGAGAUGGGGCAGUUGAGGGAGGAGCAGUCCAAGUCAAGGAAGGGGCUCGUGAAUAUAGAGCAGAGGAACGAGGCCUUGAGGAAGGUGCUAUCCAGGAGAGAGCCUCUGAGAGAUCCAUCGAGGCCGCAAGUGAGGUGAAAAGGGAUGGAGGAGAUCUAUUCAAUGAACCCGUAGAGGAUCUGCUUCGAAAUCCAGGUGUCAACGAAGGCAGAGGAGGCACGGAGUGCGCUGAUAUGACAGGAAAGUCUGGCGCUGUGCCACACGUAGUGCUAGUGAAAGAAGGGAAGGAUGUGAGACACGGUUAUUCACGGCUGUACUCUAAGUAUUACCUGGAUGUAUCCGGUGUCUGUGCACGAGCUUGUUCAAGCAUCCACGGUGACUGCGAAGAGACUGAGAUGAGAGGGUCGAGAGGACCUGAUGUCUCAAUGGCGCUUGAAGCCCGUGUAGACCACUGCAAGCCGACUGGAUUUGACAAAGACGAGGACGGUGCGAGUGCACCUAAGCCUGAGGUUGAGCUUGGUGCCAGUGUGGCCUGGGAUGGGGAGCUGGCGGCUGCACGACUUCUUUUUUUCGAGACGACGCGACGUGACACGUCAACGCGGUUGAAUGGUUAG